CCUGCCGCGACACUCCUUUCCUCCAUCCUUCGCCUGAGUUUGCCCAGCACUUCCUUGUCUUCUCUUCUGAACCACUAAACACCAGCUGAGAAGAUUCCCUGCCUCCCGCCAUGAUGGCUCUGAAUCACAGCAGCUUUGACCCCGUCACCUUUGUCCUGACUGGCAUCCCUGGCAUGGAGGACUCUCACGCCUGGAUCUCUGUCCCCUUCUGCCUGAUGUACGUUGUGGCACUCCUAGGGAACUCUUUCCUCCUCUUCCUCAUUGCGACAGACCGCAGCCUCCACCAGCCAAUGUGCCUCUUCUUGGCUAUGCUCUCUGUGGCUGACCUCAUUCUGUCAACAGCCACCGUUCCUGAAAUGCUGGCCAUCUUUUGGUUCGGGUCCAGGAAGAUCUCCUUUGAUGCCUGCAUUGCCCAGAUGUUCUUCACCCACGUCAGCUUCAUUGCGGAGUCAACCAUCCUCCUGGCCAUGGCCUUUGACCGCUACAUCGCCAUUUGCGAUCCUCUGCGCUACAUGACCAUCCUGACGCCAUCGGUCAUUGGGAAGGUGGCCGUGGCAGCUGUCAUCAGGGGGCUGUGCAUCAUGGUCCCACCCAUCUUCCUCCUCAAGAGGCUGCCCUACUGCGGCCACAGCAUUAUGCCCCAUACCUACUGCGAGCACAUGGGCAUUGCCCGGCUGGCGUGCGCAGACAUCACGGUCAACAUCUGGUAUGGAUUCACGACGACCCUCCUGUCCUCAGGGGUGGACGUGGUGCUCAUUGCCUUGUCGUACGCCAUGAUCCUCCGGGCCGUCUUCCGGCUCCCCUCCAAGGAAGCCCGGCUGAAAGCCCUGCGCACUUGCGGCUCCCACAUCUGUGUCAUCCUCAUGUUUUACAUGCCGGCCUUCUUCUCCUUCCUCACCCACCGCUUUGGCCACAACAUUCCCAGCUGCAUCCACAUCCUGUUGGCCAACCUCUACGUGAUCGUCCCUCCCAUGCUCAACCCCAUUGUCUAUGGGGUAAGAACGAAGCAGAUCCGGGCGCGAGUCAUCCACAUGUUCUCACAGACACGGGGCGGGACGUGUUGCUGAGAGAUCACGCUUGGCGCCAUGCAAGCCCUGGUUGAGGGCCCUUUGCCCAAAGCUGCCUGCUCUGAUAGUAUGAGAUCCCUUCUUCAGGAGAGAAAGAAGAUGGACUGCCAAGGAAGUGGAGUGAGCAGGAAUGGCCGGUGCAAUCCUUACCUGCAUCUCUCUGUUCUUGCUGUUGCAGUCUUCCACAGUCAGGUGCUGCUUUACCACCCAUCCAGUGUUCCCGUGGGCUGUGCUCUGUGGUGAUUCCUCAA